CGCAAAUAUGGCAGGAAGCUAUGGGAAUGAAAUAUAGACCACUAUGUGGCCAUGUUAGAAUCUGCAAUGAGCAUUUCACAAAAGAUAGAUUUGUGCCGUGUACCUCAGUUUUACGUUUGAAAGCUGAUGCAGUGCCCACAAUUCUGGAAGUCCAGAAGGACCAUGUUAUGAAGGGACUGGACCAGAUAGCAAAUAAAAAAGUAAACAUUAUAUCCCAAUAUAUAAUAAAGCCAGAACCACAGACUCUUUUGGAUUUCAAAUCAUUAAGUAAUACAAACAGUGAAGUUAUUGAACAUGAGAAAACAAAUUCCUCGCAGUCACCAUCCCAACGGACUGUCACACCAAUUUCAAGUACAGUUAGAUGUAGAAGGACUCUUUUUAAGGACGUUGAAGGCUUGUGUUCAACACAGAUAACACCAAGAAAGCAAAAGUUGAUGGUUAUUGUGAAGAGGAAGCAGGGUCGCAUAAGAAAAUUAUAAAAAGUUUGCAAACAAAAAGGGAAAAGGAUUAAAACUUUAGAAAAUAUAGCAAUGAAUAAUUGUUUCAAAAGCAUGCCAUCUACCAUAUCUAACUUUAUGAUGUCUCAGAUUCGUUGUGCCAAGCGCUCGCCACAUGGAAGACGGUGGACACUGGAUGACAAAAUAAUGUCUUUAGCGAUUUAUAAACGAAGCCCAAAAUGCUAUGCUUUAUUAGAACGUCUCUUAGUACUUCCAUCAAGAAGAACACUUUUUUCAUUACUGCAGAGCAUUCCUUUCGAUGUGGGAAUUAAUGAACGCCUUUUCCUUCAUCUGGGGCACUGCCUUUAACGAUUUGAUGAAAAGGAUCGUUUUUGCACGCUGGCCUUUGAUGAGAUGGCAAUAAGGGAACAUAUAAAAUAUAAUCCAUCGGCUGAUUGUAUCGAAGGUCUGGAAGAUUGUGGAAGCGGUAAGAGAACCAGGCAGUUGGCAAGAUAUGCCCUAGUCUUCUUUGCCCAAGGAAUUUGCUGAGCAUGGAAACAACCUCUUGCCUAUUACUUUACAGCCAACGGCGUUUCUGCACAGAAAUUGCAGUGUGUACUGAGAGAGGUGUUAGAUGCUGCGAGUAAGGCUCACAUUCCCAUAGUGGCCACCAUUUGUGACAUGGGCACUGCUAACGUGAGAGCUAUAAAAGACAUGGGAUCAGACAUUAAUAAUCCUUACUUUGUGCACAAUGAAUUGAAAAUAUUUACCAUAUUUGAUGUGCCACAUCUAUUGAAAUGUUUUCGGAACCUAUUUCGGAAAUAUAAUAUUUUGCUUCCCACUGUAACCGUUGCUACUCAACAACAAUUAAUGCAAGCCAGGUGGUCAGAUAUAAAAAUUGCUUAUGAGCAAGACAAGAAAAAUCCACUGAUCUUUCGCAGUCUACAUAAGUUAAAAGAUUUUUAUUUAUAUCCAGUAGGCCAAACAGCUAUGAAAGUUAAAGUUGCUGCACAAACCUUGAGCCGAACAGUGUCUGUAUAUUUAUAUAAUUUAGUGCAACAAAACAUUUUGCCACCACGAUCAUUAGCUACUGCAACCUUUAUUCAAGAAAUGGAUGAGUUAUUUGACAGCCUAAAUGCUUCAGCUAGAGUUGCACCUGAUGGCAAGCCGUUUAAAUGCAUCGUUUCCGAAGAAUCAGGCCACACUUCGUUUUGGGAAGAUGCAUUCAGAAGAGUAAAUCAAUAUAAAUUUAUAAGAAGUAUUGAAAUUGCAGGCACCUCAGUAAGUAAUUACAGCAACUCUAGUGCAUUUGCUGUUGACAUUGCAAAUGCUGUAGAAAUUGGUUCUCUUCAGACAUUAUCGGUUGCUUAUGUCAGCGGUUUUAUAAUUAAAAAAUUAUUUUCAAACUUUGUUUGCGAUAGAUGCAGUUACAUCUUGAGCUCAGAUGACACUGAGCCAUGUAAUCAAUUUAUUUCCAGUAAGGAAUUCUCAAAUUCUAAGAAUAAAUUGUUUUAUCCUUCUAAACAGUUCGUUAUUGCGGUUGGUAUUGGUAUUACAGUUUUAGAGAAUAAGCUACCGAUUAUUUGUGAAAAGAAUAACCUACAAGAUGUAGCAACAAAUUUGCUUAACCAAGAAAUUGAUUUCUCAUUUAUUACUUGUGAGGAACAUUUUUACUUUUUGAAAGAUUUUUUACUUAAAAGUAUAUGUAGAAUCGGAAUCCCAUGGUACUGUACAAGACUUGUCCGAAAUUUAAGAUCUGAAGCCAGCCGGCAAAUGUCAGCACGCACAAAAAGAAAAAUUUUGCAUAAAUAAUAACAAUACCAUUAAAUGUCUACUUCUUGGACAAUUCAUACACCUACAGUACCAUCAAAUUCUGAUUCAUUGGGUCCACAUUUACAAACAACUUUGUCCUCUUGCAUAACGUUUUGUUUCAGUUUUCUUGGAAUCCCUAUGAUCUAAUGUUACUAGUUCUCAUUCAGUCUGUGUUUGUUAUGAAAAGAUGUGGCAUAGCAUUAUUAUUAUUGUGAAUCUUUGUUGUACUUAUGCAAAUACAAUUUGACAAAGCUCAA